AUGGAUGCCUCGGAUGAAGACUCACCUGAUGAACGCAUUCGUUCCGGAAAAAAGAAAUCAGAUAGUAAAGGAAAUUUCAGCUGCUGUAUUCAUGGAACACCAUGUCGUAAAUCGUCGCAGUCAAAACCAGAGAACCAGAAUCAACAGCCAAACAAUGAGGUGAUCAUCGUUAUCACGGCCGACGAUUUCCAGAUAUCAGGACUUAUCACGCACUACAUACAGUGUCUACUUUGCGAUUCGAGACUGCUGAGAACCAGACAGUUUCCUAAACAGUUAGGGCGAUUGCGUCUAAUGGGCAAAACGACAAUGCGCACUACAAAACGUGGGAGGCCUAAGAUCACUACGUCUGUAGCUCUACGAAGACGCUUACCCGAAGAAGCAAUGACACCCUCUGAUAGGGGUGUGGUCGAAGUGGAUAGCUCCUUCCACACCUAG